AUGGCUGUACUAACAGGUUUCCCCUUUCUGAGCGGUAGUUUGCCUAGAUAUAGCUCUCGCGCAUUCCUACUAUCUCUCAGUUAUCACAGCAGCCUGCCAACAACCCGUCGUUCAAUGUCCUCCUAUCUCGUGAGUCCGAGCGACUUACACAAUGCCAUUAAGACGAAUCCACCAUCCGACAUCUCCCCCGAGCCACGAGUUGUUCCUUUAUGCGCCUCUUGGUUUCCAUCCAAUGACGAUAAGGGCCGCACGGGUUCUCAGGUAUUCCGCCAGGAGAGAAUCCCGAAAGCUCGUUUCUUCGAUCUCGACAAGGUUAUUAACACGCACUCCCCCUUUCCUCAUAUGAUACCCAACGCCGUGGAUUUCGCCGCCUCUAUGAGUGGGUUGGGUAUUCGCAAAGAGGACAUUCUGGUAGUGUAUGAUACAAAAGAGCUAGGUAUCUUCUCGGCACCGAGGGUAGGAUGGAUGUUGAAGGCUUUUGGCCACCCGAAGGUGCACAUCCUCAAUAACUUCCGGCUUUGGGUGGAACAGGACCUUCCGACAGAACAAGGGGAGAUACGUGGAUUCAAGCAUUGUGCGUACCCGGUUCCCAAGCUAGACGAAGGGAAAAUUGCCAGCUAUGAGGAAGUUCGCGAAGCAAUCAUGGACCACAAUAAGGAGGGUAGAGAGGGCAUACAGGUUCUGGAUUCACGAUCUAGCGACGAGUUCAGCGGAAAGUAUCCAGGAUCAGGACCAGACUCACCGUCAGGACACAUGCCCGGCUCCAUAAAUAUCCCAUAUGACCUAAUGCUGGAUCCGGAAACGAAGGCAUUCUUGCCGUCUGAUCAACUGAUGGAACUGUUCAGAACGAAAGGUGUGGAUCCUCUAAAGCCAAUUAUCUCGAGUGGAACAAGCAUCACGGCAUAUGUAAUUGAAACAGCGUUGAAUGAGACGCAAUACGGUUCUUCCGAAUCACGUAAGGUUUACGAUGGAAGCUGGAGUGAAUGGACGCAAAGAGUACGGGCAUCAGACUAUUUGGUUCGGAAGACACAGCCUUGA